AUGUCUGCGCUGAAAAUACUUACUGUCGGCUCCGCUGCUGGUUCCAUCCGCGAGCUAUUCGCGAAGAUCAAGGCCAUAGAUGCAAAACAUGGCAAGUUCGACCUCGUACUCUGCGUGGGGGACUUCUUUGGUCCCCCGAAGGACGAAGGGGAAGCGUACAGCGAGGAUGACGAGGUGAUACAGCUAUUGGAGGGAAAGUUGGAAGUGCCUGUGGAAUGCUACGUCAUGCAAGGAGAGCAUCCACUACCUGCACCUGUGAUUGAAAAGUUUGCCAAGACGGGAAGCUUCCUCACUAAGGGUGUGAGUCUUUUUCACAAGUCCGGUAUUAUAACGACUCCACAAAGCCUCCGUGUAGCAUGUCUGGGAGGCAUCUAUGACUCGAACUUGUACGCGGCAGCCGAGUCUGCACACGGGUUCACCUCACCGUACUUCACCUCACAAACGGUCGAGAAGUUGCUUUCCAAUAGCCUGACCACGUCCCACCCUUCGGACCAAAAUUACACGUCUCUUGCAUCUAUCAAGGCAACAACCUCAUCCUCGCAACUCGUCGACAUCCUCAUCAGCAACGCGUGGCCUUCUGACAUUACGCGUUUUUCAUCCGCUCCCCUGCCUUCACCCGAGCUCUCUUCUAUAGGCGUCGAGCCCGUGGCCGAGGUCGUCCGCCGCACGAAGCCGCGAUAUCACUUCGCUGCCGGAGGUGGGAUUCCCCCGAAGUUCUGGGAGCGCGAGCCUUUCAUAUGGAACGAGGAGGGCGAUCGCAUUUCUCGUUUUGUCAGCGUUGGCGCAUUUGGUGGCCAACCGACCGAGGGUAAGAAGCAGCGAUGGUUUUAUGCGUUCUCGAUCACACCCAACUCGUCGACCGCUCCACCCCCUCGACCUGCCAAUGCGACUAAUAACCCGCUCACGGAGCAAGCACCCCGUGCACCCAAGCGGCCAUUGAUAGAAGACGAAGGUACAAAUUACCGAUGGGGGGACGUCAAGCAGCCUGGAAAGAGAUCCCGUAUUGAGCCUCAAGGCGAGCCCGGAAAGCCGCCACCUGGAUAUAAGUGCAAAAUUUGCGAGUCACCAGAGCACUUCAUUAUGGACUGCCCAGACAGAGCAAAACCUCACGAAGGUUACGUCUGCAAGAUUUGUAAUGAGUCAGGCCAUUUCGUUCGUGAUUGUCCGGUCAAGAAUGCGGUAGGCGAUACAGGCGGACGCAAACCCAAAGAAGGUUAUGUUUGUAGAGCAUGCGGGAGCGAAUUGCAUUACAUCCAAGACUGCCCAGUCGCAAACCAGUCUGGCGGAGGGAGACAUGGGGGGCGGGGGCAGCGGGGGCCGCCGAAGGAGAUUGCACCGGACGAAUGCUGGUUCUGUCUAUCGAAUCCCAAUCUCGCGAAACAUCUUAUUGUAUCAAUUGGGACUGAGUGCUAUGUUACGCUUCCCAAAGGACAGAUCGUCCCCACGCACACAGCGGCCGACCACCCAAAUGCCCCUGCCGUACCGGGCGGCGGACAUGUCCUCAUUGUCCCGAUUACUCAUUACCCCACGUACUCUUCCAUUCCCCCAGAUCUCGCCGCCCCAAUUGUACAAGAGACCGAACGUUACAAAGCCGCGCUGCAGGCGAUGUUCGCAAAGCAUAAGGCCGCCUUUGUCGCUUUCGAGGUCGGGCGGCUGAGCGCGAAGGGCGGGCACGCGCACGUCCAGAUCGUGCCUGUGCCAGACAAGUUCAAGCACAGUGUCGAGCAGGCGUUCCUGGACGAGGGACAGCGACUAGGCAUCCAGUUCGAGACCGAUCCGGAUGCCGCGCUGGAGGCCUGCAGCGGGGGACGAGGCAGCUACUUCCGAGUGGACCUGCCAGACGGACGCAAGAUGGUGCACCUGAUGAGGGACUCUGUGCCGUUCAGCAUUCAGUUUGGGAGAGAGGUGCUUGUGUCACUGCUGGGAAUGCAAGACCGAUUUGACUGGAAAGCAUGUCUACAGUCAGAAGAGGAGGACAAGGCUGAUGUGCAAGCAUUCAAGACUGCCUUCGCGCCUUUUGACCCUUCACUUUGA